AUGUUGACAAAUUCAUUAUGCAAAAAAAAUAUACCAAAUUUGUUUAUGAUAACAACAACAACAACAGAUACGUCUGAAAUUGAUCAUAUUGUUUCAUCAGAACAAUAUCGACUUCAAACAUUUGAAUAUCUAACACAUUUUCCAUUGGUAACUCGUCGUCAAUUAGCUCUUGCUGGUUUUAUUUAUCGACAAGAUGAAUGUGUAUGUCCACAAUGUGGUAUUAAAAUAAAUCUUGAACAUAUUGAUGAAAAUUCUGAAUAUACUUCGAAUUAUUUUCGAAAAUUACAUCGAAAAAAAAUUUCA